AUGGCGGAAGCUGAGAACGGCUCUAUCGAGCCAACACAAACAUCCGUAUCCCAGGCAGACAAUAAGCAGAAUGGGGUCGAUGUUGUUACAGAACCGCAGAUUCCGGAGGAGGUCGCAAGGUCCAAACCCGAGAUACCAACCGAGCCAGAACGCCAAACAGUCGAAUUCGACGUGCCAGAGCAGGGCGAUCCGUCAUCGGACCGAUUGGAGACCAACGAUAGUAGCCUAUCCCAAGAACAAUCCGCAACACCUCCGCCAGCGGCGACAACUUCCGAAUCCCUCGAUCCCGCAAACCAGCAGAGCCAAUUAGAGAAGGAAGAAAAUCAGAACGAUACUACACUCGAAGAUGAGACGGCUGCUGCUGUAGAGCAGGCAGAAGAAGGCCCAGAAGCGCCAUCGACUGUAACCCAAGAUGAGCCGCUUGCUCAAGAGCCGCGAAUGCGAUCUGACUCGCGAUCGACUACCGCGACUAUGGCAACCCAUCGGUCAUCGACAGUCAGCUCGACAGUCUUUAUCGUUACGGCUUUGGACACAAUUGGUGCCUCAAGGGAAGCUCGGAGGAGCAAGGAAUUGGAGGAUUCUGUGAAGAAUGCGCUUGCCAAUGUCAAACAGUCAGAUCGCCAGCCGAUUGACCCCGAGGUUAUAUUCCGCCCACUGUUGAUCGCCAGUCGGACAGACAGCAUACCUCUCCAAGUCACAGCUCUGGAUUGUAUCGGCAAACUAAUCACUUACUCUUACUUUGCCUUCCCAUCCGCUCAAGAAGCCAAGGCAUCCGGCCCGGAAAGCACACCGCAACAGACUCCUCUCAUUGAACGAGCAAUUGAUGCUAUUUGCGAAUGCUUUGACAAUGAGAAUACGUCGAUCGAGAUUCAACAGCAGAUCAUCAAGUCACUUCUUGCUGCAGUUUUGAAUGACAAGAUUGUGGUACACGGGGCGGGUCUUUUGAAAGCCGUCCGUCAAAUUUACAAUAUGUUCAUUUACUCCAAGUCUAGUCAGAACCAGCAAAUUGCCCAGGGAUCUCUCACACAGAUGGUCAGCACGGUCUUUGACAGGCUUCGUGUGAGACUUGAUCUGAAAGAGUUACGUUUGCGUGAAGUUGAACAGACUCAGGGUACCUCUUCUGAUGCGGUAACUAUUGAACCUUCCGAGGUAACCCCUUCCGGUGAGGAGGAUCAGGUCUCUGAUGUUGCGUCCAUAGCAACAGACCAGCCUCCUCCAAAAGAGCCUACCGAGAAGCUCACUUUGGAGAGUUUUGAGUCAAACAAGGAAGUUACCACCGUCAAUGACAAUGCCCCAACGAUGGUUACACGCGCCAAUAUCAGUCAGAAGCGAGCGCAGUCCGCGCCCGUUGCAACCGGGGAAGAUAAAGAUACUGCUGACGCAACGAGUGACGAAGAUGAUGUGGAUGAAAUCUACGUUAAAGAUGCCUUCCUAGUCUUUAGGGCUCUUUGCAAACUGAGCCAUAAGAUCCUCAGUCAUGAACAGCAGCAGGAUCUCAAAUCCCAAAACAUGAGAUCGAAGUUGCUCUCCCUACAUCUGAUUCAUUAUCUGAUUAACAACCAUGUCGCCGUUUUUACCUCUCCUCAUCUCACAAUCAGGAACAACGCGGGUAGCUCUGACGCUAUGACAUUUCUCCACGCUGUCAGGCCUCAUCUCUGCCUCAGUCUGAGUCGAAAUGGCUCUAGCUCAGUUCCCAGAGUAUUUGAGGUCUGUUGCGAGAUCUUCUGGCUCAUGUUGAAGCAUAUGAGGGUCAUGAUGAAGAAAGAGCUCGAGGUUUUCAUGAAGGAAAUAUAUCUCGCUAUCCUCGAAAAGCGGAAUUCUCCAGCAUUCCAAAAACAAUAUUUCAUGGAAAUCCUGGAGAGACUGGCCGAUGAACCUCGUGCUUUGGUCGAAAUAUAUCUCAAUUACGACUGCGAUCGGACGGCGCUGGAGAACAUCUUUCAAAACAUCAUCGAACAAUUAUCCCGCUACGCGAGUGUGCCCACAACCGUGAGCCCCGCUCAACAACAGCAAUACCACGAGCAACAUGUCAAGGCCUCAACCGUAGGAAACGAAUGGCAUCAGCGCGGUACCCUGCCACCGUCGCUCACAAGUGCCCACAUGAUCGGCAGCCCACAGCCUACCCUACAGACCAUACCGCCGGAGUAUACACUCAAGCACCAAGCUGUUGAGUGCUUAGUUGAGAUCCUUCAGUCACUCGACAACUGGGCCUCGCAGCGCAGCGUCGACCAGACUGCUGCUCGGACAUUUUCUCAGAAGUCUGUUGACAACCCUCGAGAUUCUCUGGAUAGCAGCGUCCCCACCUUUCUCUCCUCACCACGUGUUGAUGGUGCCGACGGCAGUACUGGCCGGUCCACUCCGGUCCCAGAUGACGAUCCAAGCCAGAUAGAAAAGAUGAAACAGAGAAAGAUUGCGCUCACGAAUGCGAUCCAGCAAUUCAAUUUCAAACCCAAGCGGGGCAUCAAGCUUUUUGUUCAGGAAGGAUUCGUCCGCUCCAAUACUCCCGAGGAAAUUGCAGCUUUUAUACUCCGCAACGACCGCUUAGAUAAGACCAUGAUCGGAGAAUACCUUGGGGAAGGCGACCCCGAAAACAUUGCUAUCAUGCACUCCUUCGUCGAUAUGAUGGAUUUCUCUAAACGACGUUUUGUGGAUGCUCUCCGCUCCUUUCUGCAACAUUUCCGGUUGCCGGGAGAAGCUCAGAAAAUUGAUCGUUUUAUGCUGAAGUUCGCAGAACGCUAUGUGACCCAAAACCCGAAUGCGUUUGCCAAUGCCGAUACAGCGUAUGUCCUGUCAUACUCUGUGAUAAUGCUCAACGUGGAUCAGCACAGUAGCAAGAUCAAGGGACGCCGAAUGACUCCUGAGGAUUUUAUCAAGAACAACCGAGGUAUCAACGAUAAUCAAGACUUACCUGAUGAGUAUCUUACAUCGAUCUUUGAGGAGAUUGCCAAUAAUGAGAUCGUCCUCGACACUGAGAGGGAGCAAGCGGCGAACGCUGGCGUUCCCACAUCUGCUCCGGCUGGCCUUGCAUCUAGAGCAGGGCAGGUGUUUGCUACUGUCGGACGAGAUAUACAAGGUGAAAAAUAUGCCCAGGCUUCCGAGGAAAUGGCCAAUAAGACUGAGCAACUAUAUCGAAGCCUGAUACGAGCCCAGCGCAAAAACGCUGCUAAAGAGGCGCUGUCGCGAUUCAUUCCCGCAACUUCCGUUCAACAUAUUGGCUCCAUGUUCAAUGUGACUUGGAUGUCGUUUCUCUCAGGGCUGUCGGCUCCUAUGCAAGAUACACAGAAUCUCAAGACCAUCAAGCUUUGCAUGGAGGGUAUGAAGCUCUCUAUACGCAUCAGUUGUGCGUUUGAUCUAGAGACUCCACGAGUUGCGUUUGUCACAGCAUUGGCCAAAUUCACAAACUUGGGCAACGUUCGGGAGAUGGUCGCGAAGAACGUCGAAGCAUUGAAGAUUUUGCUUGACGUUGCACUCUCUGAAGGGAAUCACCUCAAGAGUUCUUGGCGGGAGAUUCUCACAUGUGUCAGCCAGCUCGAUAGGCUUCAGCUUCUUAGUGACGGGGUUGAUGAGGGUUCUUUGCCGGAUGUUUCACGGGCUCGUGUACUACCUCAACCUUCAUCCGAUGGCCCUAGAAGGUCAAUGCAAGCUUCACGGCGUCCCCGUCCCAAGUCCAUCACCAGCAAUACCCCCUUCCGAGCGGAAAUCGCCAUGGAAAGCCGCUCGGCUGAGAUGGUUAAAGGAGUAGAUCGAAUCUUCACCAACACGGCUAACCUCUCGCAUGAGGCAAUAAUCGAUUUCGUUCGAGCUUUGAGCGAGGUAAGCUGGCAGGAGAUUCAGUCGUCUGGUCAAACCGAGUCUCCCCGCACAUAUAGCUUGCAGAAGCUGGUUGAAAUCAGCUACUACAACAUGACUAGAAUCAAGAUCGAGUGGUCUAAGAUUUGGGAAGUUCUUGGGCAGCACUUCAAUCAAGUUGGAUGCCACUCAAACACUAAUGUGGUCUUUUUUGCCCUCGAUUCGCUCCGCCAACUCUCGAUGCGCUUCAUGGAAAUUGGAGAGCUCCCGGGAUUCAAGUUCCAGAAAGAUUUUCUCAAGCCAUUCGAGCAUGUCAUGGCAAAUAGCAAUGCUGUUACCGUGAAAGACAUGAUUCUGCGGUGUCUCAUCCAGAUGAUCCAAGCCCGUGGAGACAACAUCCGCUCAGGCUGGAAAACUAUGUUCGGGGUGUUCUCCUUCGCGGCUCGGGAACCGUAUGAGGGCAUUGUGAAUAUGGCAUUCGAGCACGUUACUCAGAUCUACAAUACCCGGUUCGGUGUGGUAAUUACACAAGGAGCCUUCCCUGACCUCAUCGUCUGCCUCACGGAGUUCUCCAAGAACAUGAGAUUUCAGAAGAAGUCCCUACAAGCAAUUGAGCUUCUGAAAUCGACAGUCGCAAAAAUGCUGAAAACUCCUGAAUGCCCUCUAUCUCAUCGCAGUACGCCUUCGGAAGGUGCCCACGAGGAUGCUACGAACCUCAGUCAACAACUCACUCGGCAGUCGAAAGAGGAGCAGUUCUGGUAUCCUAUCUUGAUUGCUUUCCAAGAUAUACUCAUGACUGGUGAUGAUCUUGAGGCGCGAUCGCGCGCUCUAACCUAUCUUUUUGACACCUUGAUACGGUAUGGAGGUAGCUUCCCUCAAGAGUUCUGGGACGUUCUCUGGAGACAGCUCCUGUACCCCAUUUUCGUCGUUCUGCAGUCGAAGUCGGAGAUGUCCAAGGUUCCCAAUCAUGAAGAACUUUCGGUCUGGCUGUCGACUACGAUGAUUCAAGCGUUGAGAAACAUGAUCACGCUGUUCACGCAUUACUUCGACGCUCUUGAGUAUAUGCUUGCCCGUGUUCUCGAACUGCUCACGCUCUGCAUUUGUCAAGAGAACGACACCAUCGCGCGAAUCGGCAGCAAUUGCCUACAGCAACUGAUACUACAGAAUGUGGAAAAGUUCCAAAAAGAACACUGGAACAAAAUCGUUGGUGCUUUCAUCGAGCUUUUUAACAAAACUACCGCAUACGAACUGUUUACGGCUGCAACAUCUGUAGCACCAAAGCCUACAAGUUUGCCUCAAACUCCAAAUGGGCAAACAUCAGCCAGCCAGGAGCCUGAGCAGGACCCUACCGAGCCACUCUCAACCCCAGUGGUAGAAACCCCUGCGGAAUCUUCAAAGCCCAACGGGACGGAAGGCGUAACACCCGAGCAUGAAGAAGGCGACAUGCCUGCAGCUUCGAAUGCCGAUUUGGAGGACUACAGGCCACAAGCAGAUGUACAGCAGCAGCCGGCUGCUGUUACAGCUGCGCGGCGCCGCUAUUUUAAUCGUAUUAUCACGAACUGCGUGCUCCAGUUGCUUAUGAUUGAGACCGUUCACGAAUUGUUCUCCAACGACAAAGUCUACGCUCGAAUUCCCAGCAACGAGCUACUCCGUCUGAUGGGCUUGCUUAAGAAGAGCUAUCAAUUUGCCAAGAAGUUCAAUGAGAACAAGGAUCUUCGCAUGCAAUUAUGGCGUCAAGGAUUCAUGAAAUCGCCGCCGAAUCUUCUGAAGCAAGAAAGUGGGAGUGCUGCGACAUAUGUCCAUAUCUUGUUUAGGAUGUACCAUGAUGAGCGAGAGGAGAGAAAGAGCAGCCGCACUGAGACGGAGGCGGCAUUAAUUCCUCUCUGCGCGGACAUCAUUCGCGGCUUUAUUCGACUUGACGAGGACUCACAGCACCGCAAUAUCGUUGCCUGGCGUCCCGUUGUUGUUGAUGUUAUCGAAGGCUACACGAACUUCCCCCGUGAGGGCUUCAAUAAACACGUUGAGAUAUUUUACCCCUUGGCUGUCGACUUGCUGAGUCGCGACCUAAACGCCGAAAUUCGUCUUGCGAUCCAGUCUUUGUUACAACGUAUCGGCGAGACAAGAUUAGGUAUACCUGCGCGACCUUCGCCGAUGCCUAUCAGCCCAAGACAUUCAGUAUCAGAGCGGCCGUCCCGCAAGCAUAGUGUCGGCAAGCACUGA